AUGGAGUCGACCAAUGAGAGCGAGGAGCACGGGGACCAGGCGGUUCCUGAUGAGGACGAGGAGGAGCGGAGCGUCAGAGGAGUCCAGUCCCACUACCUCCGCUGCCCCUCCCCCAGUUUCUCCAUGAUGUCCGACUCCAGGUUCUCGGCCAUCUCCGGCUCGGACGCUGCGAGCAUCUUCAUGGAGCCCAUCCACCUGUCGUCGGCCAUCGCUGCCAAGCAGAUCAUCAACGAGGAGCUGCCCCCUCGUGGCGUCCGCACCGAGUCCGUCCCCGAGUCCAUGCUGGAGACGGCCGAGCAGCUGAUGGUGGAGGACCUUUACAACCGGGUCAAGGACAUGAUCGACGACCGCAGCCCCUACAACACGCCCUGCGUGCUGGACAUCCAGAGGGCCAUGGUCGGGGACCGCCUGGAGGCGCCGGUCAACCAGGUGGACGAGGUGUGGCCCAACGUCUUCAUCGCCGAGAAAUCCGUUGCAGUGAACAAAGCUCGUCUGAAGCGAAUGGGCAUCACCCACAUCCUGAACACGGCCCACGGCACCGGCGUCUACACCGGAGACACCUUCUACACCGGCAUGAACAUCCAGUACAUGGGCAUCGAGGUGGACGACUUCCCCGACGCAGACAUCUCGGUGCACUUCAGACCGACCGCAGAGUUCCUGGACGAGGCCCUGCUGACGCACAAAGGAAAGGUUCUGGUUGUUUCCAUGAUGGGCGCCAGUCGCCCUGCCGUCCUGGUGGCGUCCUACCUGAUGAUAUUCCAUCACAUGAGCAUCAUGGAGGCCCUGAUGUCCAUCAGGAAGAAACGCCCCAUCAACCCCAACGAAGGCUUCCUGAAGCAGCUGCGAGAGCUGAACGAGAACCUGAUGGAGGAGCGCGACGACGACGAUGACACGCUCAGCCAAUGCUCUGUGGUCGACGCCCACACCCGGAAUCACCUCUUCGGCGACGGGGGGGACGAUGACGACUACGAUACGGAUAAGGAAGAGGAGCAGAGUAUGAUCCAGGUGAAAGCCAACUCCAUCAUGAUGGAGGAGGAGGAGGACGGAGAGAGUGUGAUGAGCAGCGUCGCUUCGUCUUCCGCCGCCGCCGCCCUCAGGAGUGGACUGAUCGGGACACAGACUGGUCCGGACAGCCAGGGAUCAACCUCCGAGGGGAUCGUCCUCCCCGAGCAGGACGCCGAUGAAGACGAGGACGAAGAUGGCCUCGACGGUAUGAUCCGCGAGUGGCAGCGGAGAAACGACAAGUAUCAAAGUGAGGAUUGGUUGGAGGCGCAGCUGAACAGCGAGUGUGAAGAUGGAGAAUCUCUUCUAGGAGGCCUGAAGAGGACGAAGGACGGAGCAGACGCCGAUGUGGACAGCGUCACCAGUGAGGACGUACGAGCGGUGAAAGAGCGGCUGAAGCGCCGCGGCCGUCGCCCGCCUUCUGACGCCAUGUCCACCUCCAGCAGCAUGAGUUACUCUGAUCUCUGGAAUCAGAGGCUGAGAGAAAUCGAGGAACAAGCCGCCACUCGUUACCGCAAGAGAGAGGAGGACGAAAGCAGCGAGAGCACCGCCACAGAGGGAGGAGGAGGAGGAGGGAAGACGAAGAUUGACAACGAAGUGCAGAGCAUCCUCUCCGACUCCAGCUCCAUGUACAACUUCUGCCACAACAACAAGGAGAAGCUGACGCCUCUGGAGCGUUGGCGCGUCAAGAGGAUCCAGUUCGGCUGGAACAAGAAAGAUCACGAGGAUGGAGAGAAGAGUUCGGUCGGAGGCGGAGAAAACGGCGAGGGAGAGGUGAAGACCCCGUCUUUCCAAGACGUCAACCUGACGGCGUAUCAGGCGUGGAAGCUGAGGCAGCAGAAGCGUCUUGGCGAGGAGAACACGGAUGAGAUUCUGGAGAUGAGUCGAGGUGAGGACUCUGCCACGAUCAAACGGAGGCAGAGACGGGAGGAGAUCCUGGAGCGUUCGAAGAAGACGUUAGAAGAGAGUCAGUCCAUGUGUGGCUGGGAGACGGAGAGCUGCGUCAGCGGAGGUACGAUUCCCCUGUCGGCCUUCUGGGCCGGAGCCGGCGUCACCGGCUCGCCCAGCGUCGCCAACGAUGACACCAUGUCCAUGCUCAGCGGCAGGUCGUCAGUCAUAUCCUCAGUCUCACAAGCUCGCAGCACAAGGUCGGCCCAGUCCGCAGGUGCUCUUCAUCCUCCUGUUCCCCCCAUCCUGCCAGUUCCCACCAUGCUGGGGCCGGGAGGUGAACCGAUGGUCAACCUGGCGAGCAUCCAGAACUGGAUCGCCAACGUCGUAUCUGAAACGAUCCAACAGAAGCAGAAUGAGAUGAGCCUGCCGCCUCCAUCCCGAGCAGGAUCGGAGUUCGGCUUUGGACAAGGUGCAGGGAGUGUGAUCUCCGGCCGUGGACGCGAUGAUGACAAGGCGUCCUUGUUGAGCGGCGCGCCCUACUCCAGCUCUCUGUACCAGGGUCGUGGCAAGGCGGCGGCGUCGGUGCUCUCAGGUGGCGGGUCGAGCAGCAUCUCAGGUCUCAGCGGUAGAGGUUCGGCAUUCAGCUCAACCCUCGGCUCCAACCUGGGCUCAAAGAAAAACAAGAUCACCACCACCAGCGUCCCACUCUACAGCCUCUUCCAGGACCAGGUCGACCUGGGGAAACUGGACGCCAUGGACAAGGAGAUCAAGUCUGAGAUGAGGGGCAAGAUGGCGACCUACGAGAAGAAGAAGAUCCUGGAGGACAACAGGCGCAGCACUUUGUACAAGAAGAAGAAACCAAAGGAGGAUGAAGAUGAGGAAGAGGAGAGUAAGAGGAGGGAGGAGGAGUUCCUGGAGGAGGCAAAGAAACCGGAGAAACCUACGAGGACGUACGGUUUGUCUGGAUGUCUGAAUCUCAAGACGGCUCUGGAGAAAGAUAAGAACACCAGCAUCGACGACUGGCUGAAAAGCGUCCGACCUCCUCCUGGGAAAACGGCGUCAGUAGCAGAAGCUGGUCCGUCGGAGGAUCCGUACGACGACCUGGACGCCUCCGCCUCUGAGUUUGAAUUCUCGAGCCGCAGGGCGUCCUACGCUGUUGACGAGGAAGACGAGGAGACGUACAGCUCCAGAUACAGAUCCAGGUUACGCGCCGACCUGUCGAGCGAAGACACAGAAUUCUCCUGCAACGGUUACAGCCAGCGCCGGGCGGGGGGGUCGUACAGGGACGAGAGCGCCGAGGGGACGGAGAGCUACGCCGACCUUUCCACCAAAAGGAAGUUCGGGCACCGUUCUGAACUUGAGAGCAGCGUGACCGAAGCGAGGACCAGUAGAAGAGUGCAAGCCAAGGACACUGCUGGUGAAGAGGAGGAGGACGAUAUCGCCACCUUCAUCGCUCAAACCAGGCAAAGGGUCCGAGCCCGAGCGGCCGCGGAGGCCGAGGACGACGAGGUGCUCGUGGCUUGGCGAGCGCAGCAGGAAGCCAAGUCACAAAGUCGGAGGGACUCAUGAAAUAAAUAAAAAUGGACGACACGACAGUGAAGCCGAAGCUCGAGGAUCAAGAUGGCGCUGCCCGGAACUGGGAUAUGUGUAGAUGCAUCGUCCAUCUUGUUUUCUCCAGUCCAUCCAACAUCUUUCAUUGACUCAAAAUGUUUUAAAAGUGUGAAAUUAUCUAAAAACUAACUUUAGGAAAGAGUUGAAGAACUUGAAAUGUUCUAGAAACCUCCGUAGAGCAGAACUAAUUCACAUCCGUAACAAACAUGAGCACCUUUACCUUUUGAUCAUGCAUCAAAAUGUUGUUUAAAAUAAUGUCCAGAGCCUGUUUUAUUAAUAAUAACUGAACAUAGAAAAUCCUGUUUGUAAUGUUACAUUAUUUUAUUAUUGAAAUAAAUAUUCAGAUAAAUGUC